AUGGAUCUAGGAUUAAAUAACCGGCGGGCAGUGAUUACCGGCGCUUCAAAAGGUAUUGGCCUGGCUUGUGCCCAGAGCCUGGCGCGGGAAGGCGCUCAUGUACAUCUCGUUGCCCGCACCGAAUCAGACCUGCAGUCAGCUGUGACCCUGGUAGAUCUGUGCGGUCCGGGGCAGGUCAGUUAUCAGGCGCUGAAUCUGGCGGAUUCGCACGAUGCUCAAGCGUUGAUUGAAGCCCAGGCGGAGGCAGAUAUUCUCGUCAACAACGCAGGCGCCAUUCCAAGCGGCACCCUUUUAGACAUCGACGAAUCAACCUGGCGCGAGGCCUGGGACCUGAAAGUCUUUGGGUAUAUCAACCUCUGCCGCGGCUUUUACAGACAGAUGAGCGGCCGAGGGGGUGUUAUUCUUAACGUCAUCGGCGCAGGCGGUGAGCGGCCCACUUCGGGAUAUGCAGCCGGGGCUGGUGGCAAUGCUGCGCUGAUGGCUCUGACCCGCGCUUUGGGCGGCACCAGCCGUAAAGACAACAUUCGGGUAGUGGGCAUCAACCCCGGACAGAUUGUCACCGAACGCCUCCAGGAUUUGCUCAAAGCCGCGGCAAGCAAACGCUUCAAUGAUGCCGAGCGCUGGCAGGAACUGCUGGACCCGCGUUACCCGCCGGGGGAGCCCGCGCAUAUCGCUGAUAUGGUGGCAUUUCUAGCCAGUGAUCGUUCAGCCAAUACCACCGGCACAAUCGUGACCAUCGAUGGCGGGCAUUGCGCGCGCUGA